AUGAUCUUCGUCACUCGCCUUCGACUGCGAGCCAGAGGAAAUGGCUUCUUCUUCUCUAUUAAACCCCUCUCUUUCUCAUCUACCUCCGUAGUGGUACCUGAUCAUUUCGAAGCUCAAAUACACAGCGAAGGAGAAGAUGAUGCGAUAGAAGCUGAAGAUCGUCGACGUAGCGUCACCGAUAGAGCUUACUGGAGAAGACGUAUACACAGUAUCUGCGCCGUACAUCAGAAUCCAGACGAAGCUCUUCGGAUUAUAGACGGCCUCUGCCUUCGCGGUUAUCGUCCUGAUUCGCUUAACCUGAGCAGUGUGAUCCACGCUCUUUGUGACGCCGGGAGAUUCGACGAAGCUCACCGUCGGUGUCUCCUCUUCGUUGCUUCGGGUUUUAUCCCAGAUGAGAGAACCUGCAACGUCAUCGUUGCGAGAUUGCUAGACUCGGUAUCUCCGGUGACUACGUUGGGAGUUAUUCACCGUUUGAUCGGUAUUAAGAGGGAGUUCGUGCCAUCGUUGACAAAUUACAACCGUUUGAUCAAUCAGUUGUGUUUGAUUCAUAGGGUAAUCGAUGCGCAUAAUCUUGUAUUCGAUAUGAGGAACAGGGGACAUCUCCCAAAUGUUGUCACUUACACCACUUUGAUCGGUGGUUACUGUAUGAUUCGAGAACUUGAAGUUGCUCAUAAAGUGCUCGACGAAAUGCGUGCGUGUGGCAUUAGGCCUAAUUCUCUCACAAUGAGUGUUCUUGUUGGUGGGUUUUUGAAAAUGAGAGAUAUUGAAACAGGACGGAAGCUGAUGAAGGAACUCUGGGAAUACAUGAAGAAUGAGACGGAUGUAUCCAUGAAAUCAGCAGCCUUUGCAAAUCUCGUAGAUUCUAUGUGCAGGGAUGGGUAUUUCAAUGACAUUUUUGAGAUUGCAGAGAAUAUGCCACAAUGUGAGUCCGUGAACGUUGAAUUUGCUUACGGGCAUAUGAUAGAUUCCUUGUGUCGAUACAGGAGAAAUCAUGGAGCUGCGAGGAUUGUUUAUAUAAUGAAGAGUAAAGGGUUAAAACCGAGAAGAACGUCAUACAAUGCUAUAAUUCAUGGUUUGUGCAAGGAUGGUGGUUCUAUGAGGGCUUAUCAGUUGCUAGAAGAGGGAUCUGAAUUUGGGUUUAUUCCGUCUGAGUAUACUUAUAAGCUCCUAGUGGAGAGUCUAUGCAAGGAACUUGAUACGGGUAAAGCAAGGAAUGUUCUAGAGCUGAUGUUGAGGAAAGAAGGAAUAGAUAGAACUAGAAUCUAUAAUAUCUAUCUACGAGCUCUCUGCGUGAUGGAUAAUCCGAGUGAGAUCCUGAACGUACUAGUCAGUAUGCUUCAGGGAGAUUGUAGGCCUGAUGAGUAUACACUCAACACAGUAAUUAAUGGAUUUUGCAAGAUGGGUAGGGUGGAUGACGCCAUGCAGGUUCUAGGAGAUAUGAUGACAGGGAAGUUCUGUGCACCAGAUGCUGUGACUUUAACUAGUGUUAUGUGUGGCUUGCUCACUCAAGGAAGAGCAGAAGAAGCUCUGGACUUGUUGAAUCAAGUUAUGCCAGAGAACAAGAUUAAGCCAGGUGUUGUUACAUACAAUGCUGUUAUACGUGGUUUGUUUAAGCUCCAUAAGGGAGAUGAAGCUAUGUGUGUGUUUGGUCAGCUGGAAAAAGCGAGUGUGACUGCAGAUAGUACUACAUAUGCUAUAAUCAUUGACGGAUUGUUCGUAACUAGUCAGGUGGAUAUGGCGAAGAAGUUCUGGGAUGAUGUGAUAUGGCCAUCAGGCAGACAUGAUGCGUUUGUGUAUGCAGCAUUUCUGAAAGGGCUUUGUCGGUCUGGUUAUCUAAGUGAUGCUUGCCAUUUCCUAUAUGACCUGGCUGAUUCGGGAGCAAGCCCUAAUGUUGUGUGCUAUAACACUGUGAUUGAUGAGUGUAGCAGAAGUGGGUUGAAGAGAGAAGCGUACCGGAUUUUGGAGGAGAUGAGGAAGAAUGGUCAGGCUCCGGAUGCUGUGACAUGGCGGAUAAUCGAUAAACUACAUGAUUCUACGCCUCUAACUCUGGAAGGAGAUGGUUAAUUUUAAACUAUGCAUCCUCGAAAGCAAACUUAAUGUUUUGGUGCUCAAGCAAACUUGGCUUCUGAUAUCAUGAUCACUGAGUCACGUAAAAG